UAAGGUUAUUUAUAUAUGGAUGUUAUGAAUUGUUCAAAACAUGCGAAGCGAUUUAUUUAAGGAAAUUAUCAAAUAUGAGUACUUCGCUUGUUCGUAAAAGUUUGUCAGUGGUUGAUCCACAGUUUAAUGUAAAUUCCAAGAAAAAGAGGAAGAAUGAACUUUUUGGGCUAAACUCCGACAAUAAGAAAAUACUAGCCAAAACUUACAAAAAGGGUGGCAAAAAAGAUUCCAAGGUGAAUCUUUUAUCCAAAGAAAAGAAGUUAACUGUAUCCGAAGCAAAAAAAACCUACAAGUCCAAAGAACAAAUUCUGAAGGAGAACUUACGGAAGCUGGAAUUAAUUAAAACAGCCAGCAAGGUAGAAAUAGAUGAGAAAACAGUGAAACAGAUAAUUGAAAGGGCAGUUACCAGAAGACCGCUAACGAAUACUCCUGCCAAAGAAAAGGACCAGGGAACAGUAUUUACAGAAGAAGACUUCAAGAAAUUUGAGGAGGAGUAUUUCGACGAAUAAUGCUUGUUUCUGAUAAAACUUGCGGACUUGCACAACUGCUAGUCAGUUCUGUAGUGUUACUUUAUUUAUUUUUUCUGUUGAUGAUUCUGCCUGUAUUACCUGUUGAAGACAUCUAUUUCCAGAAGUAUACUCCGACUACAAUCAUACUGCUGGUAUGCGGUACUUUUGGUUUGUUUUUCAUUGGAAGUCUAUCUUUCUUAACACUUUUUGUUAUGUAUAAACAUCGCUCUAAACAUAAA